AUGGAGAGACAGCGGCAGAGACGGUGCGGGGCGGUGCGGGACGCGAGUGUGAGCCGGGAGUGUGAGGCUGGCUCCACCAUGGACUGUAGCUGUGUCUCCGACCUUCUCUUCGCCCCACCCGCCCUGCCGGCUCUCUGGACCCCUGGCUUUGCCUUCCCGGAUUGGGCCUACAAGCCGGAGUCGUCCCCCGGCUCCAGGCAGAUCCAGCUGUGGCACUUUAUCCUGGAGCUGCUGCAGAAAGAGGAGUACCAGGGUGUCAUCGCCUGGCAGGGGGACUACGGGGAGUUUGUCAUCAAGGACCCCGACGAGGUGGCUCGGCUCUGGGGCAUCCGGAAGUGCAAGCCCCACAUGAAUUAUGACAAGCUGAGCCGGGCGCUGCGCUACUACUACAAUAAACGGAUUCUCCACAAGACCAAAGGGAAGAGGUUCACCUACAAGUUCAAUUUCAGCAAAGUUGUGCUCGUCAAUUACCCGUUGUUGGACAUGGCGGCCGCCACCACGGGCUCCCCGCUUCUGCUGACCCCUGGUCCUUUUGGGGGAGCGCCUGGCCCAGAUGCUCCUCCCCUCACCCCUGAAACCCUGCAGACCCUGUUCUCUGCUCCACGCCUGGGAGAGCCGGGGACCCGGGCACCCCUUUUCACUCCCGAGACAGACAAGCUGCGUCUAGACAGCCCUUUCCCAUUCCUGGGCUCCGGUGCCACCGGCUACUCCAAGCCCCCUGGCCUGCUGGGACACUUCAGCCGCGCCUUCCCUGAGCACCCCUGGAACUUCAGCCCGUACCUCACUGGCCCCUUCCCCAAGCUGCCCCCACCUCUCUACCCACCACACUUCUACCCCAACCCCCUGGCCAGUUCCCUGGGCCACCUGCCCUCGGCAGGGGCAGGGGGCGGCCCCACUGCCACGCCCCUGCUGGCCGCCACAGGGGAGGGCCUGGGCCCGGAGCGCCCCGCGGGCCUGGCCGUGGCCCAGCGCCUGGCGCUCCCGGGGGCCGGGGGUCCAGAGGCUGCGCUGGGUGGGAAGGAGGACAGCGACUCGGAGCUGGAGAUUACCGACGUCAGUGGCUGCAGCUCUGACAGUGACGGUGACGAGGGCCUCCCCGUGCCCCCCAAGGCCAAGGCGGGCAAAGGGGGGGUCGGCAGCUGA